AUGGCGACGAAAGCGGCUUUCAAGCGCCUCACUCGCGAAUACCAGAACAUUCAAAAGAACCCCCCGCCUUACAUUGUGGCACAUCCGUCGGAGUCCAAUAUACUCGAGUACGUCAUUUGUAGCACCAUCACUACCUGCGUCGUCUGCUUGCGACUAAAGUUGACCUUUCCAUCUAGAUGGCACUAUAUUCUCACGGGACCCCCAGGCACACCGUAUGAAAAUGGCCAGUAUUGGGGUACCCUAAUGUUCCCUCCCGAGUACCCAUUUGCUCCUCCGGCUAUUCGCAUGCACACUCCUAGCGGUCGCUUUCAACCAUCAACUCGGCUAUGCCUCAGCAUCAGUGACUUCCAUCCAAAGUCAUUCAAUCCCGCUUGGGAGGUUUCUACCAUUCUCAUCGGCUUGCUCUCCUUUAUGACGAGCGAGGAGAUGACCACCGGAAGCGUGAGCGCAUCGGAAGCAGAGCGACGAGUGCUGGCAGCGCGGUCUAGGUGGUGGAAUUCUACUGGUGGCGGUUCCCAUGUCAGCGCGACCCCAGGCGUGACCCCUACUGCCAAGGGUAUCAACAAUGUGAAAGCUGGAGACGGCGGUCUAAAGUUUCGCUCGGAGUGGCCAGAGCUUGACCAAGAAAAUUGGAGGUGGAUGAAGGAUAGUCGCAUUGACACCAACACUGGUCAGCUCAUGCCUGAUCCUAGUGCGGCUAGAUGCUCUCCAGAGACAAGUGCGCUUCGCCGACGACCGAAUGGUAGCGCUCCGGGACUCGGCGCGGUGAUGGAAGGCGGCCAUGUCGCUCGAGAAGCAGGUCAAGGCUGGGUCCGCCGCAACAAGAUCUGGCUUGGGUUUGCAAUUCUAUUCGGAUAUGCACUUCUGACCAGGCUGGUGAAGGAUGUCCAAGGCUAA